GUGUUGCUAUUGUGUUUUUCAUUUUAGGUUGCUAACUUGAAGAAAGAAUCUGAGUUCCAUUGGUUUAGAGAAAACGAAGAAAUAAUCCCUGAUGUAAAGCCUGACUUGGUAUCGGGAGUCUGUAAACUGCCCAUUAAACUGUUUUCUCUGAAAACAACAGGAAUUUACAAAGCCACAAUCAGUGAUGAUAGAGGAAAGGACAUGAGCCAAAUUGACAUUUCUGGAAAAGUAUUUGAAGAGACCAUAAACCAGAUCACCCGACUGGCUGGAGCAACUGCACAGGAGUUGGUGAUCCACUGCACGGCCACUGGCAUUCAGCUGCAAUGUGCCAUGAAGUAUUAUACCUCAGAGAUGAACAUCACUUGGUACUACGGUGAGAAAAAACUCUCCCCCAGUGACAAGAUUGUAAUAGGAGGAACCCCUGCUAUGGCAACAAUGGAGGUGGUUGAACCAACCGACAAGGACAAAGGGAAGUACUCCAUCGUGAUAACCGACCCUGAAGACUCACACAAGCGCACACUGGAUCUUAGUGGUGAUGUUUAUGACAAAGCAUACGCUGAGUUCCUGAAACUCAAGGCGGAGGCUUAUGCUGAGAAGCACCGUGGUAAGGUGAUUGGUGGGCUGCCUGACGUCGUCACCAUUAUGGAAAAGAAGACUCUGAGCUUAACGUGCACAGUGUGCGGGGACCCCAAACCUCAGGUCACUUGGCUAAAGAACGGAGUGGAGGUUGAGCGGGACGAUCAGUACGUGAUCUCUCUGGACCAGGGAAAGUUUGCCAGUCUUACAAUCAAAGGUGUGACCAUGGAGGAUUCUGGAAAAUUCUCAAUGAUUAUCCAGAACAAAUUUGGAGGGGAGUCUGUGGAUGUUGUGGUGAGCGUGUAUCGUCAAGGUGACAAAAUCCCAGAGGCAAAACCGACUGUGACGACAAAAACAAUAAUCCCACCCAAACUGCCCAUUGAGCUCCCUGAAACCAAGACCCCGCCAGCCCCAACCCCCGCCCGCCCCGCUCAUAGCCCCACCCCUCCCAGGGCAGCCCCAGGAAGAGGUGUGAAGAGUCCCACCCCAACUCGGAGGAAAUUGUAAAAGGUUAAGAAAGAAACCAUAACAACAAACUGGUGCUCAUUUUUUGUGCACUUGUAUUAAUGUCUUUAAAAUCAAAUUGAGCAAAUUCUGUGACAUUAAUUUAGAGUGUUGGGAAAUUCAUGGUAAUUGAAAAAUUCUUAUAAAUGUAUUACAAAAGCAGACGAAUAAGAGAACAUUAGAAAAAAAAUAGUUGCCAGCGUGGGAUGUUUGAAUUUGGGGAAACAAAAUAUAGUAAUUAUUCAAAUCGCAAAUGUGUGUGAUUUGAUUAGCAUGAAGCGGAAUAAAAGUGAAACUUGAAAACCAA